AAGUCUUCUGGGUUCGUCUUUCUGGACCCCCAACCCCAGGUGACAAGGCCAGGAGAAGCAGGUAUAAAGAUCUGAAGUCAUCAUUCCUGUCCAAAGAUGGAGAACAGUACCACUACCAUUUCUCGGGAGGAGCUUGAAGAACUACAAGAAGCCUUCAAUAAAAUAGAUAUUGACAACAGUGGGUAUGUAAGUGACUAUGAACUUCAGGACCUGUUUAAAGAAGCCAGCCUCCCUCUUCCUGGCUACAAGGUGCGCGAGAUCGUGGAGAAGAUUCUAGCAGUCGCUGACAACAACAAAGAUGGCAAAAUUAGUUUUGAAGAAUUUGUGUCGCUAAUGCAAGAGUUAAAAAGCAAAGAUAUCAGCAAGACUUUCCGGAAAAUAAUCAACAAAAGGGAAGGGAUCACUGCCAUCGGAGGGACCUCGUCCAUUUCCAGUGAGGGGACACAGCACUCAUACUCAGAGGAGGAGAAAGUGGCUUUCGUGAACUGGAUCAACAAAGCCCUGGAAAAUGACCCUGACUGCAAGCAUCUUUUACCCAUGAAUCCCAAUGACAACAGUCUCUUCAAGUCACUUGCAGAUGGCAUCCUUCUUUGCAAAAUGAUCAACUUGUCUGAGCCAGAUACAAUCGAUGAGAGAGCCAUUAAUAAGAAAAGGCUCACUCCUUUUACUGUUUCUGAGAAUUUGAACCUGGCCCUGAAUUCUGCCUCCGCCAUUGGCUGUACAGUGGUGAACAUUGGGGCGCAAGACCUCAAAGAAGGCAAGCCCCACUUGGUCCUGGGGCUUCUCUGGCAGAUCAUCAAAGUUGGUCUGUUUGCGGACAUUGAGCUUUCCAAGAACGAAGCUCUGAUCGCCUUGCUGAACAACGGUGAGGAUCUGGAUGAGCUCAUGAAACUGUCACCCGAGGAACUGCUGCUGAGAUGGGUCAACUACCACCUGACCAACGCGGGGUGGCGUCCAAUCAGCAACUUCAGCCAGGACAUCAAGGAUUCAAGAGCCUAUUUUCACCUGCUCAAUCAGAUCGCUCCUAAAGGUGACCGAGGAGAUGGUCCUGCUGUUGCCAUUGACAUGUCUGGAUUUAACGAGAAAAAUGACCUGAAGCGCGCUGAGUUCAUGCUCCAAGAGGCAGAUAAACUGGGCUGCAGGCAGUUUGUCACCCCUGCAGAUGUGGUUUCAGGCAACCCUAAACUGAAUUUAGCCUUUGUAGCUAAUCUUUUUAACACAUAUCCAUGUCUACACAAGCCUGAUAACAACGACAUCGAUAUAAAUUUACUGGAAGGGGAGAGUAAAGAGGAGAGGACGUUUCGAAACUGGAUGAAUUCCUUGGGGGUCAACCCAUACGUUAAUCAUCUGUACAGUGACCUUGCAGAUGCGUUGGUGAUCUUUCAGCUCUACGAAAUGAUCCGAGUGCCUGUCAACUGGAGCCAUAUCAACAAGCCCCCUUACCCUGCUCUUGGAGGGAACAUGAAGAAGAUUGAAAACUGUAACUAUGCAGUGGAGCUUGGGAAGAACGAGGCCAAAUUCUCCUUGGUUGGCAUUGGGGGGCAGGACCUCAAUGAAGGGAAUGCAACCCUCACGCUGGCACUGCUAUGGCAACUGAUGCGAAGGUAUACGCUGAAAGUGUUAUCGGAUCUUGGGGAUGGUGAAAAAGUAAAUGAUGACAUUAUUAUUAAAUGGGUCAAUCAGACUCUUAAAAAUGCAAACAAAAAAACGUCCAUUUCUAGCUUCAAGGAUAAAUCUAUCAGCACGAGCUUACCUGUCCUAGAUUUAAUAGAUGCUAUAGCACCAAAUGCAGUUCGUCAGGAGAUGGUCAAGAGGGACAACCUUUCUGAUGAGGACAAGCUGAACAACGCUAAAUAUGCCAUUUCAGUCGCUCGAAAGAUCGGGGCCCGGAUAUACGCACUGGCUGAUGACCUGGUAGAAGUGAAACCGAAGAUGGUUAUGACGGUGUUCGCGUGCUUAAUGGGAAAAGGACUGAACAGAAUAAAAUAACGGAACACUUUGUAUGCUCUUCUGCCACAUUAAACACAUCGAAUGCCUCA